AAUAUCGGAUCGAAUCGAUGGCGGCUUUAGAACAAUCCGACGCGAUCAACUAGUGCGAAUCGUGUGGCUGAGAAUUUUUGUUCGUUGCAGUAGGAAGUGAUAAUUUGAAAAGGAGGUUAUCAAGCAGGAAAUCAUCCAAAAAUACCAAAAAAAAUGACGGCUGACGAUUGCAUCUAAACUGCACACGAGUGCGCUGAUAAGCGGCAGGCAAUUUCGUAAACUCUUUAUUUUUGUGAUAAGUUGCUCGUUGUUGCAAAGAUAAUUGAAGCGAAUUGAUUGCAGUGUUCAACCAAAGCGUGCGAAUUGCAAGAGAUAUCAAGCGUGAUAAUUUCGCAAUCAAGUGAUGUAAUUAUAAUUGUGAGCAAAGUGACACCCGAAUAAAACAAAAGAAUUGAACGAGUGACGGGGACGGUGUUGUGACCCAUUUGUGACGUACCUUCGCGGGGAAAGUCCAGCUAAUUUGCCAAACGACACACAACAGCCGAACCCAAAUCAGGUCGCAAUGGACAUGACCAUUUCUUCGAAACUGCACAACAGCAGCAGUAGCAGCAACGGCGUUGGCAGUGCAUGUAGUUCCAGCAGUGGAGUUCCCGGAGAGCACAUCAAACGGCCCAUGAAUGCGUUCAUGGUGUGGUCCCGGGGACAGCGACGGAAGAUGGCUCAGGACAAUCCCAAGAUGCACAAUUCGGAGAUAUCGAAGAAUCUGGGAGCACAGUGGAAGCUGCUGACAGAAGGCGAGAAGAGACCGUUCAUCGAUGAGGCGAAGCGAUUGAGAGCCCUCCACAUGAAGGAACACCCAGACUAUAAAUACCGCCCCCGAAGGAAGCCCAAAACGCUGGUGAAAUCACCAACACCUGCCAACGCAGCCAGCACAUCCUCGUCCUCGGCAUCCUCCAAGGAGCCCCUCCGAUCACAAUCUCCCCAGAGCAAAUCACCCUACAACCCAUCACCCCUCAACACCCCCAUCAGCCUCCCGCCGGGAAUCUUCCCCUCCUAUCACUUCGCCUACGAUCUGCACCAGAAAGCGUUCUGGAAUCUCUACGCUCCGCACCUCCUCUCAACGAUGGUCCCAUCCUACAGCGUGCCCCCACAUUCUCCGCAUCCGUUGGCCUACAUCAAGCCCUCCAAAUCAUCACCACCUUCCCCGAUCGCACCUCCCUCGCCGAUACCGUCGAGCAAUGUCAUCUGACCAACACCGCUACGCUACAGCGCCGAACAUAGCGUCUAAGAUGGCACCAGCAUGUAGCCAUCGAAGGCCCCUCAAUCUCUGCUACCAGCUUGUUUCUGCUUUUCUAAAUAAAAAAAAUCAAAUUGAACGCAGAACAGCGAAUUUGAACUUAACUGUUAGUAUGUGAUAGCCCCGAAGGAGAACUGAAAUCUAAUUCAUAUCAUAUAAAUCUACGAUUUCUGCGAAGUGAAGGAAAACAUCCCCGGUGAAGUGAAGCAUUGAUUUUACAAUGACUUAGUUUCGUGUUACAAAAAUGAAAUCAAAAUUGUUACCGAUUAGUUGAAUUUAGUUUUCCCGUUUUAAAGCUCGAUCAAAAAUUACGUCUCAUUUUUCGUUCACCUUUAUUGAUAAGCGUGCAAUAGGUUAAACGUAUAAGUACUUAAACAAAGUGUAGCUCAUUAGUUUUUAAACGAUGUACAUAAUUUUCCAACUAUCAAAGGCAAUUCCUGAAUCAAUGUCUCAAAUACGAAAAAUCGUUAUCGAAACCUAAUAUGGUUGUUUGACAAGAAGGUAAUUAGAAAAUGCCAAAACAAUGAUCACUUGUGAACGUGCCAAAAAGGAAUACUGCACUCUUUGUUAGGGAAAGAUGAGGAAUAAGAAUGGUGACGUACGACGAAUUCAUCAUGAUUGAAAGAAAAUUAAUGCACAUAUAUACAUGUAUCUGUAAAACUUCCGAUGAGUUGGCUCACUGCUCAAUUGCUCAUUGAGUUUUUCUUUUAAUAAUAAAACCAACAGUAAUUAUGU